GCUACAACCAUCUCCGAAAUAUCCUGAACUGCGAAUCACGAAAUGACAACUGCACAAGUCUUCUUCGAUCAUCGCACUGAAAAACUCACCAGUGAAGAAACCCACUACAAAGGUGACCCAGAGCGUUACGAGAAGGAAUGGGUUCCGCUGAUCAAGGCGUACAAUAAGGCACGUGAGGAUGCUAUUCCAAAGGAAUAUCUAGCGCCUAAAGGGCUCUUGCCUGAAGGCGACCUUGACUAUGCACCAUUCGAUGCCACCACGGUUCCUGCAAAGGUCCUUGACCCUAAGUCUCUGGCAAUCACUGAACUCACCGCUGUUGAAAUUGCAAAGAAGAUCAAGGCCAAAGAACUCACGGCGGUUCAAACAAUCACCGCAUUCAUCAAGAGGGCAACAAUUGCUCAUCAGUUGACCAAUUGCGCCAUGGAGGUUCUGUUUGAAGAAGGGCUGAAAAGAGCUCAGGAACUCGAUUCAUACUACGAGACAACAGGUGAAUUGGUUGGUCCAUUGCACGGUGUUCCGGUGUCUUUGAAAGAGCACUACAACUACGCAGGACGUGUUACAACCUGUAGUUUUGUUGCAUGUUUGACCAAUAUUACACCGGAGUUCUCACUCACCAACCAAAUCCUUUAUGACCUUGGUGCAGUGUUCUACAUCAGAACCACAGAGCCUCAAUGCUUGAUGCAUUUGGACUCUGAGAACAACAUCACGGGUCGUGCAAGAAAUGCACACAAGCUUUCUAUGUCUCCAGGUGGAUCGUCCUCUGGUGAGGGUGCAUUGAUCGCAAUGAAAGGUUCUCCGUUAGGUGUUGGUUCAGAUAUUGGUGGUUCAAUUCGUUCCCCAUGUGCAUUCAACGGCAUCUGGGGUAUGAAACCUUCUAAUAAGAGAGUUUCUAUGAAAGAUGUCAUGAUGGCACCAACUGACACGUGCAAUGAGAUGAUUGUCUGCUCUUUAGGUCCAAUGGCCAACUCGCCAGAGGAUUUGGAUCUUUUUAUGAAGUCUUAUCUCAGCAAGAAGCCAUGGAAUGAGGAUGCUACUUGCAUGCCAAUUGAGUGGAGAACUGUUCCAACUCCAAAGCCUUCGGAGUUGACCAUUGGUAUUUGCUACGAUGAUGGUGUCGUGAAGCCACAUCCACCUGUGCUUCGUGCCUUGAAGGAGGUUGAAAAGAAGUUGAGGGCAGUAGGUAUCAACGUUGUCUCUUGGGAGCCACACAGAGUCUAUGAAGCUGUUGAAGUGGCUUUUGCAUCCUACACUGCAGAUGGUAACUACACUGCAAUCAACAGAUUGGCUGCAUCUGGUGAACCUGUUGUUCCUCUAACUGACCAUUACUUACAGAUGGGUAAAGGUGACAAGGGCCUUUCCACACUUGAACAACACUUUUAUACCAACACCAGGGAAGCUUUGCGCCAGGAGUACCUUGAUUUAUUCAACAAGAGAGGCGUUAACUUCGUUCUUGCACCAACAUACGUUGGUGUCGCACCUAAACCGUCCACCAUCAAAUACUGGGGUUAUACUGCCUUGUGGAACAUUUUGGACUACACCUGUGUCACUUUCCCAUCUGGGAUCAGUGCUUCAAAGGAACUGGACCCUGCAGAGGACAUUGAACCAAGAAAUGAGUAUGAAGCCUAUGAGUAUGGCUUGUACAACGCAGAGGAUGCGGAUGGGCUGCCAGUUGGCUUGACGCUAGUUGGUAGACGUUAUACUGAAGAGGAAACUUUGAAAGCUUCCACGGUUAUUCGUGACGCUUUGAAAGCGUAAUUGACUUAACACAUUGUAUAAGUCAUGAAGUUUACAAAUUGGUUGUUAUACAAGAAGAAU